CGGCGCUGGUGCAGCCGCGGCCGCUGCCUAAAUAAGGGACGGAGCCGGCGCGGGGCGGGCGCGGGACGCGGACAAAGCGGCGGCGGCGGCGGCAGGUGCGGGCGGCCAUGGGCUAGCGGGGCCGCAGUGCGGGCCGGGCCGGGCGGGCCCAUGGGCUGGCGCGAUGCCGGUGCGGCGGGGGCACGUGGCGCCGCAGAACACCUUCCUGGACACCAUCAUCCGCAAGUUCGAGGGGCAGAGCCGGAAGUUUAUCAUCGCCAACGCGCGGGUGGAGAACUGCGCCGUGAUCUACUGCAACGACGGCUUCUGCGAGCUGUGCGGCUACACGCGGGCCGAGGUCAUGCAGAAGCCCUGCACCUGCGACUUCCUGCACGGGCCCCGCACGCAGCGCAGCGCCGCCGCCCAGAUCGCGCAGGCCCUGCUGGGCUCCGAGGAGCGCAAGGUGGAGAUCUGCUUCUACCGCAAGGACGGCAGCUGCUUCCUGUGCCUCGUGGACGUGGUGCCGGUGAAGAACGAGGAUGGGGCCGUCAUCAUGUUCAUCCUGAACUUCGAGGCGGUGCUGGAGACGGAGCACCGUGGCUCUCCCGGCAAGGACACCAACCACUGGGUCACGCCUGCCAGCUGGCUGCCAGCCGGACGCAGCAAGUCGUUCCGGUUGAAGCUGCCGGCGCUGCUGACGCUGGCGGGCAGUAAGCAGUCGCUGCCCGAGGCCGGCCCCGACGCCGUAGUCGUGGACUUCUCCAAGCACAGCAGCGAGCCCAUGGGCCGCAACGAGGCCGGCUCGUCCCUGGAGCCCGCAGGCCCCGGCGGCUCUGAUCCCGAGGACCAGCGGGCACUGAUGGAGCUGGACGAGGCUGGGGCUGGGGACGAGAGCCCGGAGCCGCCCGUCACCCACUCGUCGCCCCGGCCCGACCGUGCCUGCACCCGGCUCGACCCCGAUGCCUCCUUCUCCAACUGCAGCCUGUCACGGAGCCGGUCCCGCGAGAGCUGCUACAGCGUGCGCCGCGCCUCCUCUGUCGACGACAUCGAGGCCAUGCGGGCCGAGGGCGACAAACGGGGCCACGUGCGCCACGCCAGCACAGGCGCCGUGAACAACGCGCGCAGCGCCCUGCUGAACUCGACGUCGGACUCGGACCUGGUGCGGUACCGCGCCAUCAGCCGCAUCCCCCAAAUCACCCUCAACUUCGUGGACUUAAAGGCCGACACCUUCCUGGCGACACCGUCGGGCGAGAAGGAGAUCAUCGCGCCCACCAAGGUUAAAGACCGCACCCACAACGUCACCGAGAAGGUCACCCAGGUGCUGUCGCUGGGCGCGGACGUGCUGCCCGAGUACAAGCUGCAGGCGCCGCGCAUCCACAAGUGGACCAUCCUGCACUACAGCCCCUUCAAGGCGGUGUGGGACUGGCUUAUCCUGCUGCUGGUCAUCUACACGGCCAUCUUCACGCCCUACUCGGCCGCCUUCCUGUUGAACGAGGCAGGCAAGGUACCGCCAGAAACCUGCGGCAGCUACUGCAGCCCGCUCAGCGUGGUGGACCUCAUCGUGGACAUCAUGUUCAUCAUCGACAUCCUCAUCAACUUCCGCACCACCUACGUCAACUCCAACGAGGAGGUGGUCAGCCACCCCGCCAAGAUCGCCACGCACUACUUCAAGGGCUGGUUCCUCAUCGACAUGGUGGCCGCCAUCCCCUUCGACCUGCUCAUCUUCGGCUCCGGCUCUGAGGAGACGACGACGCUGAUCGGGCUGCUGAAGACGGCGCGGUUGCUGCGGCUGGUGCGGGUGGCCCGCAAGCUGGAUCGGUACUCGGAGUAUGGGGCAGCUGUGCUGUUCCUGCUCAUGUGCACCUUCGCGCUCAUCGCGCACUGGCUGGCCUGCAUCUGGUACGCCAUCGGCAACGUGGAACAGCAGCGCAUCGGCUGGCUGCGCUCACUGGGCGACCAGAUCGGCAAGCCCUUCAAUGAGAGCCACCAGCUGCACGGCCCCUCCAUCAAGGACAAGUACGUCACCGCCCUCUACUUCACCUUCAGCAGCCUCACCAGCGUUGGCUUCGGCAAUGUCUCCCCCAACACCAACUCAGAGAAGAUCUUCUCCAUCUGCGUCAUGCUCAUCGGCUCCCUGAUGUAUGCCAGCAUCUUCGGGAACGUGUCAGCCAUCAUCCAGCGUCUGUACUCGGGCACCGCGCGCUACCACACCCAGAUGCUGCGUGUGCGCGAGUUCAUCCGUUUCCAUCAGAUCCCCAAUCCGCUGCGCCAGCGCCUCGAGGAAUACUUCCAGCACGCCUGGUCCUACACCAACGGCAUCGACAUGAACGCCGUGCUGAAGGGCUUCCCUGAGUGCCUGCAGGCCGACAUCUGCCUGCACCUGAACCGCAGCCUGCUGCAGAACUGCAAGCCCUUCAAGGGUGCCACCAAGGGCUGCCUGCGGGCCCUGGCCAUGAAGUUCAAGACCACGCAUGCACCGCCCGGUGACACACUGGUGCAUGCUGGUGACGUCCUCACUGCCCUCUACUUCAUCUCCCGUGGCUCCAUCGAGAUCCUGCGUGGUGAUGUCGUCGUGGCCAUCCUCGGGAAGAACGACAUCUUCGGGGAGCCGCUGAACCUGUAUGCACGGCCAGGGAAGUCGAGCGCGGACGUGCGAGCGCUGACCUACUGUGACCUGCACAAGAUCCACCGCGACGACCUGCUGGAGGUGCUGGACAUGUACCCCGAGUUCUCCGACUACUUCUGGUCCAGCCUGGAGAUCACCUUUAACCUGCGGGAUACGAACAUGAUCCCUGGCUCCCCUGGCAGCAAUGAUCUGGACAGCGGCUUCAACCGGCUCCGCAAGCGCAAGCUGUCCUUCCGCCGGCGCACUGAGAAGGACACGGAGGCCAGGGAUGAAGCACGCCGCGUGUUGCACCCGGGCCGGGGCUGCCAGGCACCAGGGGCACCGCGGGGCUCGGCCGAGUGGGAGCCGGGGCCCAGCAGCUCAGCCUCCAGCGCCAUCUCCAGCGACGAGGAUGAGCCCCCCACACCUGGCAUCUGCCCCAACAUUGCCCCACCUGCCCUGGGACCCCUCGAUCCUGACCCUGACCUUGACCCUGAUAAGGGCAGCGACGUCUGCAACCCCCUCUCAGGAGCCUUCUCGGGCGUCUCCAACAUCUUCAGCUUCUGGGGCGAGAGCCGGGGGCGGCAGUACCAGGAGCUGCCGCGCUGCACGGUGCCCGCCCACGCCACCCUCGGCCUCCUGCCGCCACCCACCACCGCCCGCCGCCAGCGCUCGGAGCUGGAGAGCCGGCUCGACCUGCUGCAGCGCCAGCUCAACAGGCUGGAGACACGCAUGACUGCAGACGUGGCCGCCAUCAUGCAGCUGCUGCAGCGCCAGGCCGCCCUGGUGCCACCUGCGUACAGCGCCCUGUCCUCGCCCCCGCAGCCGCCGGGCCCCGAGCCCCCACUGCAGCCCGUCCUGCCCAUCACCCCCAUCCAGACGCUCUCUCAGGUUCCCGAGUACCCAGCACCCUUCGACCUGGCCCAGCCGCUGCGGCGCGUGCCGGGCGAGCUGCCCCCGCCGGACGUGGUGCUGCUGGUGGAGCCGGUGGCUCCGGCGCCCCGACGCCUCUCCCUGCCUGGACAGCUGCCCGUGGCACCGGGCUCACAGACCCUGCACAGACACUGCUCCGACCCGGGCAGUUAAUUGGCAGGGCUGGGACGGGGCCUGGCCCCGGAGCCACCGCAUGCCGGUGCUGGACAGGCCAUGCCUAGGACUCCAGGCCGCGGUCCCCCAGGCGCCAGGGGGUCCGGCUGCACCCUGCGCCUGCCUGUUAGCUGGUCUAGCAGCACGUGGGGUCGGCACCAGCCGCAGCUGCAGGACUGUUAGACACGAACCGCUUGGUACGGCGCCGAAUCUGUAGUGGUACUGUUGGGGCAAGGACCCCGCCCUGCCCCCCCCAGACAUAUCGCCAGGCCGCGGCCUUGUCCCCUGCCCCAUCCCGCCCCCCGGCACCUGGCCACAGCUGGGCAGGGGCCACUUCUGCUGCAGGUCCCCAAGGGCCCGGCUGCCCUGGUGGGCCAGAGCGAGUGUGUGCGUGCGUGCGGGUGUGUGCGUGUGCAUGUGUAGGGUGCACAUAUGCAAAGCCCCAUGUCUUCCUCCCUGCAUUCACAUGGGUCUGCCUGCACGUGUGUGCCCAGUGCCCUGGUGCAUGCAUGUGUGUGUGUGUGUGUGUGUGUGUGUGUGUGUGCACGUGUACCCUGGUGCUUGUGUCUGUGUGUGUGCGUGUGUAUGGGUAUAUAUAUGCAUAAAUGUGUGUGUGUGUGUGUGUGUGCAUGUGCCUUGGCACUUCCAUAUGUGUGUGCAUGUAAGUGUGUGUAUGUGCGUGCGCCCUGGCGCUUCCAUGUGAGUGUAUGUAUAUGUGUUUGUGUAUGCGUGCAUAAGCAGGUGCAUAUGCCCUGGCGUUUGCAUGUGUAGGCGUGUGUGUGUGCGCACGUGCAUGUGCAUGUGCCCUGGCGCUCGCACGUGCGGGAACCUGUAUGUCUGUGUCCAAACCUGAUUGGGUCCAGGUCCCUUUGGCGUGUCUGCUUGUACAUGUGUUCACAUGCACAUGCCUCCUCUCUCUGUGCAGGUGUGUGCAUGUGCCUGUACUCAGUUAUCCUGGCACACACGUGUGUGUGUGUGUGUGUGUGUGUGCACCUGCACACCUAUGUCUGUUGCCUGUGGGGGUAUGUGUGCGUGUGUGUGUGUCUGCCUGCUGCUCCCUAUGGGAGGGGCUGAGCUGUACUGUGUGUGCACACGCGUGUGCUCUGUCACGCUUGGACCACCCCCCCCACAGCAGAAGGGGGCAGCUCCUGGCCUGGCCUGGCUGCUCACCCGAUGCUGGGUUGGGCCAGGCCCCCCUGGCCUGACCCUGUCCUUGGAGAAGGGAAACCCGGUCCCCCCCACGCUGGGGCUGCGGGUCCUGGACGUGACCGUGACCAUGGCCCUGGCCUCGUGGGCUCCAGCAAUGGGAGCAGCUUGGCCAUGUGGGAGCAGUGCAUGCUGGGAGCUGCCAUCCAGCCCACCCCUCCACCCCAACCCGGGGUAGGGGUAGGUCUCCAGGCUGGGGCUGGGGGUGAAGCUCCUGCCCCCUGUCCCUGCCGCUCUGCCCCGGGGCGGCGCCGUCUGCCCGCCCGCCUGGCCUGGGGGCCGUGCAGGCCCGUGUAGCAUGUGCUGUGUUGUGCCGUCAUCCUGUAGCCGGGCGGGUGCCGCCCGGGCCCGUGUGCCCGCCCUGCAUGUCGUCCUCGCCGUAGCCCCCCACCCCAAUAAACCGAUUUAGCCCGU